GACAACUGAUACACAGUCCAGUCCAAACCUAUGUUGUUAUUACUAACCCAUGACGUGUUUGGUUGAGAAGUUCAACUACCAAACCAAACCAUGUCACUCCCAUUCUUCUCUAUACAUGUAUUUCUCAUUAAUAAAGUUGUUGAUCGUUGGGCUACCUCCUCACUCACAUAUUAAUCCCUUUACCCUAUAUAACCCAAUAUCAUAACACAAUUUAUUUUCAAAAUUCCACACCCUUUAAUUCAUUCAUUAAUUAUUCUAAAUUUUUCCCUUUCAAUUUUAACAAAUUUUGAACCCUUCUUGGGUUUCUCCUCCUAGAUCUCUCUUCAUCACUUCCUUCAAUGGCUACUACUUCUUCUUCUUCUUCUUCACCUAUUAGAAGAUUCUAUCUUAUUCUUUACAAUUGGACUGUUUUAUUUGGAUGGCUUCAAGUUCUGUAUCUGUCUUUGAAAACAUUGAAGGAAUUGGGUCAUGAACAUGUUUACACUGCAGCUGAAAAACCCUUGCUUUUUGCUCAAACCGCUGCUGUAUUAGAGAUUCUUCAUGGUUUAGUGGGGCUUGUGAGGUCUCCAAUAACAGCAACAUUGCCUCAGAUUGGUUCAAGGCUGUUUCUUGUAUGGGGUAUCUUGUGGAGCUUUCCUGAGACUCGAACUCAUGUUCUUGUGAGCUCCCUACUAAUCAGCUGGUCUAUCACAGAGAUUAUUCGUUAUUCUUUCUUUGGAUUUAAAGAGGCUUUUGGAUUCACCCCAUCUUGGUUUUUGUGGCUUAGAUAUAGCACGUUCUUACUAUUGUAUCCAACAGGCAUAAGCAGUGAAGUUGGUUUGAUAUACAUUGCCUUGCCAUUCAUUAAGGCAUCUGAGAAGUAUUGCAUAAGAAUGCCUAAUACAUGGAACUCUUCAUUCGAUUUCUUUUACAUUGCAAUUAUUGCGUUGGCAAUCUACGUUCCAGGUAGUCCUCACAUGUACUCAUACAUGCUUGCACAGAGGAAGAAAGCGCUCGCCAAAUCGAAGACGGAAUAGCGCAACGUGAGUUAUUUCCAUUGAUUCUUGUCCAAACACAAGAUGUAUAGAAAUGUGAUGUCCUGGUUUGGAUCCAUCCGCAUAUAUGUAUAUCUAGCGAAAAAAUGCUGCUUUUGUUAAUGUAACAUUUAAGUACAACAUGCGAGAUAUAUAAAUAUGUAAUGUUGCAAAGCAACUUCUUCUAUGAGUAAGUGAUUGUAUUCAAGUGAUUAGUGAGUUUUAGUCAAUGACAUAUCAUUUGAGAUAA